AUGGUGCCAGCACUGAAUGAACUGAUCGAAUUUGUAUUCCCAGGUCUAUCCACAGCUUCGUUUGACCUAUUAUCCUUCUCAAAUUCAGCUAUACUCACACCAAAAAAUAGUGCAGUCGAUGAAAUCAAUGAAGUCAUCACUUCCAAAUUUCCUGGGCAAGAGCAUACAUACCUAAGUUUUGAUGAAACAACUGACCCUGCGCAACAGGGAUUGUAUAUUGAUUUCCUGCACUCCUUGCUACCCACAGGAAUGCCAGCACACCAAUUGCUUUUGAAGAAAAAUAUUCCAAUUCUGCUACUACGAAACAUUAACGCAUCAAAGGGGUUGUGCAACGGAACAAGAUUAAUAUGCAAGGAAUUCAGCAAACACUUGAUUACUGCUCAAAUCACCGCUGGUGAGAAAAAAGGCACAAUUGUUUUCAUUCCUAGGAUUCCACUCCAGCCAAGCAAUCCUCAGCAAUACCCAGUCCAGUUCACGCGUCGUCAGUUCCCAAUAAGGCCAUGCUUUGCUAUGACAAUAAACAAAGCUCAAGGACAAACGCUCAACAAAGUUGGUGUAUACUUGCCAGAGCCAGUAUUCUCUCAUGGCCAGCUUUAUGUUGCAUUAUCGCGGGCAACAACAGCUGAAAAAAUAAGAGUACAUCUGAAGCACUCAGAAAAUGAUCCAUUAGCUUAUUUUUGCACCAAAAAUAUAGUAUACAAAGAGCUACUACAUGAAGCAAACUGCUCUUGA